AUGGGUUACUACGAUGCUAUAUGCACACUGGAUACUUUAGAUGGUGCAGAACAAGUUUCUUUCACUAAAAACCAACUAGCCUUUCUAGUGGAAGAGGAAAUACAACAGAGGAAAGAUAGAGACGAGUUGAAACCUAAGGAUACAGUUGAAGGAAGACGUGUGCCAGUUCAUGAAUACUUAGGUCCACUCUCACCUAAGCAGGCAGAAGCAGCUGCAUUUGCAGAGUAUCAUUGGGACCACCAAUUGCUUGGUCCAUACGUGCCAAAAUCGAAAUUAGAGUCUUUAUCGGCCAACGAAUUUGCAGCGUACUUUAGGAAGAGGCAAUUUGAAGAGGGAAGAAAGGCCUUAGAACGUGUAAGCAUGGUACCUGCCAUUGAUCUACCCAUAAUGGGUGGUGGUAACCCAUAUGGAGCUGCCCCACACAAACAAAAACACUAUAGGAAUUAA